AUGCGGUCUAUCCAUUCUGUGACAAACACUGUGCAAACUCUGCACGUGAUUUACAGUGACAGUUCAUGUGAAUGCACAAUGUUGCCAACACCAUUCAUAAGCCUACCAGGCCAAAAGACUGACGAUGUGUACAGUGCAUACUCUGCUCACCUGAUUGUGUCCAAUGGUCCUAUUGGGCACAGAAUCCAAGCAUUGGAGAAUGCAGUACCAGACAUUGGAGCCAAAUUGCAGGAUUUGCUGGAGCAGGUUGGCUGGAAAUUGCAUGUCUUCGUAGGAGACGCUGCAAAAACCAACAGUGCCAUUUUCAGGAUUCAAAAGCGUCGCCAAUUGGCAGCCGGUACUAAGCGCAAGCUUUCCAUCCAAGUUAAGUGCCUUUUGCACCAGAUUUGCUUAGUUCGACGUCCAUCAAUAUUGGCAAUUGAUUCCUACUGGAGCACAGUGGUGCGUCUAGCCCACUUGUUUGAGAAUUGGAGUUUCAAACGCCAGUUCGGCAUUUCGUUGCUACACAUACUCAAACAGCCUGGUAUUGCCGUGUCUGAAUUCCCAGAUGAGAUGAGAUUUCAAUGUCCCUUGCUCUAUCGGUUUAAGCACUACACUGUGGCAAGUUCCUAUCUUCGUACGGCUUGCUGCUGCUUCCAUUUGCUUCCGCAAGUGCUGACUCAGUUGAAUGCAGUUGCAAAUGAGCAAGACUCCAAAUUGGUGGAUGGGCUGCUGCAAAAUGCAGGGGCUUCUGUGGAACAUACCGAGCUGGGUGAUUUGCUUGACAAUGACCUGUCUUUCAGCUUACAGAACAGUGUCCGUAGGCGAAAGGUUGUUGAGCAGGUGUCCAAAGCUGAGUUUCCUCAGUCAGUCAUCAUGGUCGAUGUGAUUGUCAACGCUCUUGAAUAUGGUUCCAAUGCCUUGUUCAAGCGCACAAGCUUGCUGACCCGCAUGUCCAAUUUGGGUUCCCAUCAUCCAGAAUACACAACGCUGGCCAAAGAGUGCAUGGAACGCUUCCUUGAUAUGGCUUCUGGAUCUUUUGGAAAGCGGCUGGUUGAGCGCACUGUACUCCUCUUGGAUGAUGGGCUACAAGAAAUGAUUGAUUUGGGAGGGUUCAGUCCAACACCUGAAAGACUGGUGCUAUUUUUUCGCUUGAUCGUGUCCUGCAUGAGUGACCUUUGGCGGCGCAUGAUUUUUGAGUUUUCCAGAUACCCUUGGAAGUGGUUUGACAUCUUGGCACAAGACUUGUCUUUAAAGCAAUUUGUUGAGAAAUUUGAUCAGGAGAAGAACUUACGAGUUCAGACAGCAGCCCACCGCGCAGUUCGUUCGCUUUCUGGAUGGAACAUAUUUCAACGGGAGAACACACAGGGCGUGCAAAUGGGAACAGCAGAGUACAAGUCUCACCUUCAGAACCUGUCAGCUCAAUGGAAGUCAUUAAGCCAAGAUGACAAAGCUGCUUGGAAUAUUCAGGCACGCCACGAGCAAAUGUGCCGUGAAGAGUUGGUAGGCACACCUUUGCCAGCCAAAGGUGAUGGUGCAUUGAAGGCAGAGCUUAUUGAUGUCAAAUCGCCUGACGAUCAAGUGUCAGCUUUCUUGCGAGAUACCAUCCACGCUGUCUACCAGGAUGUUGCGGGUGACAAUUCAGAGAACACUGAAGAUCUUGCAGACUCGAGUCUUGACUGCUUUCCAGGAGGGCUUUGCAGGUCCGGUUGCCAUUUUGACAAAGCCAACCAAUUCGUGUACAGGUUGCACAAGGAGUUGGAUGAGAGGAAAAUCAAGUCAGGUUCCUUGCUGACUCUCACCCUGACAGACCACCACCACACACAUGUAUUUUUUUCAGGCAUUACUCUGAAGAAGCCACUCCUGCAAACGGCUAUCCUCGCAUCGAUUCAAGAUGACGUGGUUUCAUUUCAGCAGGAUCCCAACAGCUCCAUUCCGUGCAUAACGACAACACACCAUAUGUUUUUGCAGAUGCUUGAGACUGGAAGUACGGCUACAAGUGUACAUGUUGAGCAUUGGCUUUACAAGCCUAUCAUUGAUGACACGAAAGCGCUUCGUGUGAAUGCUGAUCAUAUUUUGACAUCUUUUACAGUUGACAUUGCCUCCUCCAAGAGCGUCUCAAGAAAGCGUCCAAUCAAGCUGCCAUUCGGGCUGAAAGAGAUCCGGAAACCACGGAAAAGAAAGACAGAGGCAGGGGCUGGUGCCAAGCACCAGGCAAAAAGAAGAAGGAUCCAGGAUCCCACAGACGAUUUGCCAUGUGAAUGUGACAGUGACAGUGGCUCUGAUUCCAAUUCUUCCAGUGGGAACCCUUCCGAUAUUGACGGGAGUGGUGAAGUGGCACCUCUUUUUGAGGAAGACAAUGAAGUUGAGCCAAUAUCUGAAAUCAUGGAGAACGAAAUGAAAGCAGAGUGGCAGGUAGCCGAGGAAAUUCAGGAAGCAGACAAGAACAAAGCGAGACUGGCCAAAUACACUCAAGGUGAAGGGACAGCAGCGACAGCAGAAUCAAAGAACAAAACAAAAACAUUCUUCUCACAACGACUUGGCUUGGGAUGUGGAAGCAUUGCUCCAACAGGCCGAGCAAAAUGCUACCACUGCAAAGUAUUGAUUGGGCGAGAUACGAUUCGUUUUGAGUGGUACUGGAAUAAACUCAGGCCCAAUGGCUGGCUUCAUAAUCACUGCCUCAUUGAGACUGCGCAAAAAUUUGAACUCCUUGAUGAGACAAUGAGGCAAUUGGAUGAACUCACCAGUGCCAGCUCAAGCAGUGACAACACUGUAAGGGAGGAAAGUGCUCGCAUUCUUGCAAGCAUGCGGAGAAAGACUAGCUGA